UCUCGGGAGCAAGGGCAGACACGAAGUCACCCACUCCUCCUCUUCUUCCCUCGGCGCUGUCCCGGCCGGCAGCGAGCUCCGCGUCCAUCCCCGCGGCCUCUCUGUGUGCGGGCGGCCGCCGCCGGCAGCGCUCUGGGCUGGGUGCCUGCCUGGCGCCAUGUCCCCGUCGCCCGCCUGCUGCGGGUGUGCGCGUGGGGCGUUGAUUUUGGGGCGAAUCUCCGCAGUUUCGGGACCACGGAGGCGGCGCCGCCGCGCGGUCCAGGCAAGCUGUGCGUCACGGGGCGGCCGCGCGUCAUCAGGCGGCGGCGGCUCCUGCCGUGCUCGGCACCACCUCCGUCCUUGUCCCGGCGGCUCCGGCAACCUCGAGAAAAAAAUCAGGAGGCUGAUGCAAAAGCACCAACUGUUCAUGCUGUUGAGAUGUCCUGUAUUCCAUUGUUAAUGGAACCAGCAUGUUCCAGCUCUAAGGUACAGGGAGCUGCAAAAACAAGGAAUAAUGCUGCUACCUCCAGAUUUUUGGUUCCUCUUUCUGACAAUAAUGAAAGCAAAGAGUCAAAAUCUAUUCAAAGAAAGAGAGUGCUUCCAUCUUGGAUGGUGGAAAGAGAUCUGUUGCAGAGGGUUUCCAAGCCUGUUACGAUGGGAGGUAGUAGAAAGAUAAAAGGCCAAGGAAGGGGAGAAGGUCUUACAGAGUCAUUAAAAUCAGCAGUACAUGUACAGCAGAAAAAAAGAUUACCUUCUGAAGAAACUAUAGAGGAUUUUGAAGGUGGAGAGCAAGAUCAAGAGAAAACGAGCUGCCUUCCCAUCCCUAUUCCUUUAUCUCAGAAUACAUCUGGAUUUCCUCUUGAGACUGUCAUGAGAGAUAUGGAAGGAAGUGGCAAGACUGAAACAACAAACCCUGGAAAUGCUCUGGAAAAAGAUGAUAGGCAGAUGCUUAGCAAAUGAUCUAAAAGAGAAGGUCAGAUAUCCAGUAAACACAGUAGAAUUGAGGAAACAGAAAACAAAGAGCACAUUGCUGGUUCUACAGGCCGACAAGCUCACUGGGGCAGGACUUCCCAGUAUCUUGGUGCUCAGGAAGGGAUUCUUGAGCCUGAUGCAGAUCUGGACUACAACACUGAGAUUUCUGAUUCAGCCAGAAGUGCAGAUGCUUCAGAAAGCUCCAAACAGAUGCAGCAUAAGAGGACACCUUGCAAGUAUGGAAGUGGCUGUUACAGGUAAAGCAAAAUCAAUACUAGCUUGGUCUAGCUUGUUAUUCAGAAAUAAUGUAUUAGCUAUGGAAGAGAAAACUGUAAAGUAGUUAUAAGCUUUGAUUUGGAAAAAAAUCUUUUGUUGAACAGGGAUCUGCUGAGAAACAAAUAGCAGAACACCAAUUUUAGAAGGAUAAAAGGAGGAGCCGGGAUUACUUGCUAACUAAUACAACCCAAACAAGUAUGAAGUAUUUGAGCAAACUAAAAGAUGAAGUGUUGCAGGAAAUAAAAUGUAAAGGUCCAUCAUAAAAGGAAAAGAAAUAAAAGACCUGUGUGUAUGGUAUGAGGUACUAGCAGGGAGGAGGGAUGUUUAUAAAAGGUUCAAAUGCCCAACACAGACCCUGUAGGUUUGUUAUUUAGCAGAUGAGACUUAUAGGAAAGAUUACUGUAUUUAUUGAAGCUACUGCCUGCUUUGUCAUCUGAAUGUUUAAAAUACUUACUCUUUGUCAUCCAUAAAUAAUCAAGAAUUUCUCUUAUUAUAACUUGAAGUUUCUGCAAUUUUUUUAAAGCUUUCAGUCACCCCUAAAACCAGAACAAAGCAUACUUAGAACUCGAGGUAAACUCUUAUCUGGACAGUCUUUAGAAAUACUACAAGUGAGGAAUAACAGGGGCUUUUCCUCUUCUUUUCACUCAUAUCCUUUCAAGAUGGACGUGGUAGAAGAUUUGUCAUACAAAUAUUAAAGAGAAGUUCCAAAACACCAGUGCUGGGUGCCUGGCCUCCUGCUAGUUCUUUCUCCCCAGAAAAGAUACAUGGUGACCUGUGGUCUUACAUUGAAGGGAAGGCUGAAAUCUAGAGAUGCUCUUGAGUCUAGAAAAUCCCCACUGACCUGUGAACUACAUUUAGGAGAAGGUUUUGUGCUCUAGAUAAUCCCAUGUAAUUUUUUGUAAAUACAAAAGGCUAAUCUAGGAAACAGCAGACCUGUGACUUUUUCUAUCUUACCCCAAAGGGCUUCAGCAAUAAUAAAAGCAGUGAGU